AUGACCACCUACCCAUCCCCAGGACCUGAAGUCCUGCUCCCCCCCGCACAACCACCAACCCCCCACCCCCUCCCUGGCCGGACAAUAACCCUCCUCCCUAUCAAAGAAUCCCACACGCAGGACCUCUGGAAUGUGGUCGGGGGUACCACCGACCCCCUCAAAGCCUCGGUCUGGACCUACCUCCCGGAAGGCCCCUACCCAGAAGACACAUACUUGGACUUCGCGACCUCCAUCCAGAACAAAACCACCAGCAAAGACCCCCUCUUCUAUACGAUCCUCGACCACCGCACCAACAAACCCCAAGGCUGGAUCACGCUCAUGAGCAUCGUGCCGGAGCACCUUCGCCUGGAAAUUGGGCAUGUGCUCUUCGCGCCGGAACUCCAGCGUACGACGGGUGCCACGGAGGCGGUGUAUCUGUUGCUCAGGUAUGCGUUCGAGGAGCUGGGGUAUCGGCGGGUGGAGUGGAAGUGUAAUGAUUUGAAUGAGGGGAGUAAGCGGGCGGCGAGACGGUUGGGUUGGAUUCUUCGGACCAAGACGAGACAACAUACCACAAUGGCGACGACCAAGACUGCCUUCCUUAUCUUAGACGUCCAGAAAGGCGUCACGGGCCAGAUCUUCGACGGCUCGACGCCGGGGAGAGAAGAAUCUUACCUCCAGCGCCUCGCCUCCGUGGUCAAAGCUGCCCGAGAAAAGUCCAUCCAUAUCAUUCAUGUGAAAACAGCUUUCCGCCGUGGCUUCCCUGAUUUACACCCUCGCAAUCCCUCGGCGCAAAGAGUCAUUCCUACUGGCAAGUAUACCGAGGGAGACGACAGCGUGGAGUUACAUCCGGCUGUGGCGCCCUACGAGAAUGACAUUGUGACCACGAAACGUCGGGUGUCCGCCUUUGUUGGCUCUGACCUUGACGUAGUUCUCCGCAGCGCCCGCAUCGAAAAUCUCGUCGUGGUUGGCUUGAUCACUAGCGGGGCAGUUCUGUCCACGGUUCGACAGGCAGCGGAUCUGGAUUAUAGGUUGACGGUGCUCGAGGAUCUUUGUUUGGAUCGAGACCAAGAGGUUCACGAUGUCCUCAUGAGGAAGGUCAUUGCAAAACAGGCCGAUGUGGAGUGGCUAGCCAGUCUGUAG